UUUUUCCCGAGGAUUUCCUGCAACAAGAGACACAAGGGACGGCGAUAUAGACGGUGACUCGUGACAUUUUUCCAACAACAACGCUCUUUUCUGUGACGCAGUUAUGUCCCCGCCCAUCCCCCCCCUGCCCCGGGCUGCCGCUGGAUGAUCGAUCCGGGCCCCGACGGGCGCCUUCGCAUCGACGGCUGAGGACCCAAAUCUGAAAAGAAAAGGCGGCUCUUCACUCACGAGCUGGUCUGCCAAACGAGCCGCAAUUUGGGCGAACUGCGAUCCAGAGGCACAAAAGCAGGGGCACUGCAGGGCCAACCGAAGCACCGCAAAAAAGGAGGAAGGCGCUCCUCAGCCGGCGUUCUGUUACGUCGGGGUUAUCGUGCGCUGAUCGUAUUGAAGGCAAACCCUGCGCAGCACUGCUGUAACGGCGUGGCAGCUGACGGUGGGUCGGCGCGGCUCGGGCGGGCCGCUGCUGUGCAGCUGUGCGCGAGCGGAGCGCAACGCAACGGGAGGAGUCCGCGAAAGUAGUGAUCGCCCAAAAUGACGCCGAAGAAAGCCGAGCUAAAGGAUCUCACCCCACUCAUCACGUGCCACAUUUGCAAAGGAUACUUUGUAGAUGCGACCACCGUCACGGAGUGUCUUCACACAUUUUGCCGGUCGUGCAUUGUGAAGCACUUCAAAAGGAGUCUAUUUUGUCCAGAAUGUGACGUGCAGGUGGAAAAGGGCUGUCCUUUAAAUAAAUUGAGGCCUGAUCCUCGAAAACAACUAUUAGUUUACAAAAUGGUACCUCGUAUGCACGCCAAUGAAAUGGAGAGACAGCAGCAAUUCUUAAAAAAGUAUGCAGUGGCAAAUCCAAUGAGCCAGAAUGGGGGCAAAUCUACCGGCCAGAGACCGCUGUUGCCUGAAAAUCUCUCAGAUGUAGAGACAGUCCGUGACAGAAUAGUGGAUAAAAUUCACUUGUACUCACCAGAGGAAAAACUUAGCCUGUCUGUGGAGUAUGAAAGUGGCCUGGCCGAAAAUUCAACAGUAAACCAAGAUUUGGGAUUAGAAAAACAAGUCAAUCCACACAAGAGGUACCUCCAAUGCCCUGCUGCCUUCACAAUAUACCACUUGAAAAAAUUCAUCCGACUGAAAUACGACAUUGGUGCCAAACAAACUAUAACAAUAUUUUAUGAGGGAGAACAACUGUCAGACAACUCUUCUCUAAUGGAUAUAGCUUAUCAAUUUUUCUAUGAUGUGAAAUCGCCAAUGCGUUUCACUUAUCGGGUGACUCCAGGAUACGUCGUGAGACCAGCGCCGAGUGAACUCAAGAAGCCGACUCCAGCGCUCUCCAAGCCUCCUACGCUGCUCCCGACUGUUUUGGUCAAGCCCCUGUCUCUGGCCUCUCUGUCGCCCUCGGUAACGCGUCAACUCUCAAGGGGAUCGGCGUCGUCAUCUGACGAGAGCAGCACUAGCACAACGUCUCGCCGGCAGCAGCGUCAGCGCAGCGCCAAAACAGCAGCGUACACCGCUAUUGAAGCCAUGGAUGAGUCUGAUCGCGAUGAGGAGCCUCCAGUGAAACGUCGCCGGACGCCUGGAAAAUCCCCGCGGUGGGAGUCGGAUCGCGACUCACCCGAGCCGUACACAGUGUACCGUAACACGCGACGCACGCCGAAAACCUGCCUAGAGGACUUCGAGGCAAGGUACAAUAUCAAGCCAGCUGGGAAGCGUGUUUACGCUAUUUGUUCGGACGACGAAGUGUCUGAUCCCGAAACUAAACGAAACACUCUGGCGAAUAGAAAUUCUUCUUCCAAGUACUCUAACCUUCUCAGCCUGCUCAAGACAGAAAAAGAUGCGAAUCGUCCAAGAUUCGUAUCAAAUGGCAAAAAGUCUCGUAAAAAGAAGGCAGAUGAAGAUGUCUAUGAGUUUGAUGCUCAAAAUGAAGACAAUGACAGCAACACCACUCAAGAGUUCGAUUUCGUAUAUGAUAACUCAGACUACGAGAGCGCGGAGAGUGAUAAGUUACGAAAGGAAACGGAAAGUACUCACGAACGGCCCCACGCAAAUGGCUGCGCUGACGACGAGAGUACAGAUAUGCAGGAAAUCGAAGCUGACGAGCAUGAGCUAGAACAACAGAUCGAAAUGGAAGUCGUAACUGACACUGAGGAUAUUGAACGGCAUAUUGAAGACUCCAUUGAAGAGGUUGAAGUCGAUGCUGACGAUGACAGCCAAGAACACAACCAGUGUACUGCUGAAGAUGAUAACGAUAACCAGUUGGACGCGGAGACCACAUCCUCGUCCUGUCUUGUUAUUGCCGAGGAUGAAGAUGACGAUGGUGUGGUGGAGGAAGUCAUCGCUGCCGAGGAAGAUGGACAUGAACUAGUAGUCGUUGAAGAUCCUGAAGAGACUGACGUCACUUACACUGUUCAAGUGUAUAAUGUCGGUACUUCUAAUGCAGAGAAUAGUGAUAAGGUGUCUGAAGAGUCGUCUUGCUCUCCAAAACAUUCGGCUUCAAGUACGAGUCCUACCGUUGAGGAGGAUGAGCCAGAAAUCGUACAUGAAAAGGUUAUUCGUAAAAAGAGUAAGAAAUCAAAACACCAUCAUCACCACCAUCACCAUAAGCGAAAGCGCCACCAUUCACCUGUCAUGCUAGUCUCCAAUACAGAGGAUGCGCCCAUGAAGCUCACACUCAAACUAAGACCAACACCUAGUAUAAGUCCUGGAAGCUCCAAGAGUUCGAAAGGUCAAGCAGAUUCUUCGAACAAAGACAGGCGGGUUUCAAUUUGCUUGUCUCCUAGUAGCGAAAUGUCUGGCCGGGAAUCGCCUUCUCAGAAGAUUUACACGGUCAAAAUAACAUCUCCCAAACCCACAGCGGAAGUUUCUGAGAAAGCAAGUGCUGACACCUCAAAAGGCACAACUGCUGUACAAUCAGCUCCAAAGAUAAGAAUUCGACAAAUCGAGUCCGAAAAAAUCGAAUCUUCUAUAGUUACAUCAUCAGAACCAAGUAUUGAUGUACAAUCGCCUGAAAAGAAAUCCAUGGCAGGUGACUCCAACAAGGAUGGACCUACUCAAUUGCGUCAAGUACGCAUCAAAAGCCCUGUAUCAUGCACUCCCACAUCCCCACCUCCAUCUCCGUCGCCAUCGAAAACAUCCUGUGUACCGGACUUGAAGUCUGUCAAGACUCCGUCGUCCCUCACGAUCAGCAAAGUCGAGGCCGGCGAAACCCCGUCGAGAAUUGAAGAGCCGUCCAACAAACCAGCCCUGGAAAUACUUGUACUACCCCCCUCUCCUCCCCCAUCAGAUAAACAAAGUGACGACUCGGAAGAGUGUUCAACCAUUUCUGAACCUAUGCCUAAGAAAAAAGAAUCAAAUCCAGCCCCCGUAAAGAAGUCACCCUCCAAGGACAUGCGUUCAAACGCUAUUCUGAGCGAUGCCCGUCAAAAUUCCCUCGACCAAGUGUGUGUGUUGGAUUUAUCCGACCGAGCAAAGCGUGACUCAUUACCUCUUCCUCCCCCUCUUGCUGCCCCUGCUAUUUCGCCAAUCUCAACGUACAUGGUUCCCAGGCCGCCGCCACCGCCAGUUCAGUACAUCCUCCACCCUCCUGGAGCACAGCCAGAGGCGUCUCUGAACAGCGCUCAGUUACGGAACCUCCACAAUAUGAUAGACGAGGCCACAAUUGCGACAGUCAAUCGAAUGAACAACAUGCUAGCUCAGGGCCAGCCUGUGAUUCCAAACCUACCAAUCUUUCCCCAAGUUUAUCAAAACCAAGCUCUUAAUGCCGUGAAUAAUGCGGUCAACGCUCAGCGGAGACUGCUGCCUGCACCCUCACUAAACAGCAUCAUCGGCAGCCGCCGAGGCAAUGGGUACGGCGUAGGGCCUAGCGGGGCUGGCACCAGCAGACCGAACCAGUCCGUAAGGCACAUUCCAAAUCCAUCCGCCCUUCUGCACAGACAGCAGAGUGGCGGACAUGGCAAGUUGACGGAGCAAGAACUAAAAGAACGCCUCCAACAGUUCCAACAGAAUCAGCAAAAUCGGGCUGCUAAAGCAGCUUUCACGUACUCAAGAGCAAACCAUGCCCCUGUUCGAAGCGGGAGUGCAGGACCCAGUGGGUCAGGAAGCAGUCCGAAUACUAGCAGUAGUGGUGUUUCCGGUACCAUCGGAGGUGGUAGUGUCGGGAACGGCCUAAGCCCCACUUUGUCUAGCACUAGUAACAAUAACAAUUUAGCUAAGAAUGCUAUCCGACCUCGUAGUAUUGAAAAAGUAGCAGGGCUCCUCAGUGUCCGAGCAGGAGUCUCUAUGUAGGAAACUUUGUAUAUGUUUGGAAGGUGAGAGUACCUCUGAACCGGCAGUUGUUGUUGAAUAUAUUCUGUAAAUUUCCUGUACAAUAUAGUCACAUCCUAGCCGAGAAAAAACUGUACUUUUAGAAAAAUGUAAUUUUGUUCCCAUCUCUGACCACAACAAGCUGGCAAAUCUUGUAAAAAUAUUUAUCAAUUUGUCCAGCCGUUUAGAGUUGUUUGGCGUAUGGUUGUUUAUGGAUUUUUCCGUUAGUCUGUAAUGUACUUGUGUCCAAAGAUAGCUAGUAUAAGUUUACAAAAUAAGAUGCACUAUUCUGUUAUUUUUGUUGAGUUGUAUGUUCCUGUUACAAAAGUUUCUUUUUUAUUUAUUUUUUGUUGGAAGUUAGGUGGUGGAGAAUCUGAGGACGAAAGGAACGAGGAGUUACCAUUGCGCUUAGAGCCUGGAACGAAAGACUGCAUAAUUUCAAACUCGUGUUCCUUAUUGGCAACGUUCCUAUGAAUUACUGUAGCCCUUUUUGUUUCUUGUGACACUUUCGGGCCUGAUGGUAGAAAAUAAAUCUUCUGCAAUUAGGGUCGCACAUGCGUGCAAUAUAAGUGUAAUGAGUUAUUUGUCCGGGAGAUGGGAGUAAAGUUUUAUGUAGAGUAAAUACAUAUAUAUAGUUAUAUAUCAGAGGAAACGUUUCAUUUAGUCAGCUUUAUUUUGGAGGCUUGAGAAGGAGCCGAGAAAGAAAUAUUUUGGCCUGCGUCUUUUCGCAUUAUGCGAUACGAGCGGCGUUAAUAUUUUUCUCGUAGCUCGUCACUAAGUCUUCUCUUUGCAAUUUUAAUAGACGUAAGUUACACCUCUCUUCCUGGACAAGUCCCCCAUUAGCUGCUGUUUGCAUUAAUUUCAGGGGUGCAGUUUAAAAUUGUAAUUGAAGAAGUACAAAUGCUCGUAUUCAUGUUGAUUGUUAUCUUGAUUAAUCAGUGUUACUGAUGAUUAGUCAAAUUUACAGUUCUUUAUUGUGAUACAUAGUCGUAGAGCACAUUUACGUCUCGAAGUUGUGCUUUAGUAGAUACUGUAUAAAGAACAUUCAGAGAAAUCUAUUCCAACUAUGUUAUUCCCUUCUUCUCGUGGAUUUGCAAACACGCAUACUAACUGUAAAAUAAAUCAUCAAUAAAGAUGCUUAUCAAACAAUUA